CAAAGGGAGGAGCUCUCCAUCCUAACCCAGAAGCCCAUUCUGGGUUCGGUACUGCGCCAUUCGACUGCAGCACGUCUCGGCCCCGGUUUAUUGCGGCUGAACAGUCCUUGUCGCCAAGGUUCCGGGCCGGCUUCCGCUGCCGCGGCUUCCUGCACGCCGCCUCCGUGGCCCUGCCCCGGCCACGCCACCGCCGCAGUCACUGCAGGCCUUGUUGCUGCCGGUAGCCUGUCGCUCGUCUCUGCCGCCGCCGCCGCCGCCGCCGCCGCCGCCGCCGCCGCCGCCGCCGCCUCCGCCUCCGCCCGGGCCUUCGGAGCAGCCUUCAGAGCGUCCGUGAGUCUUUUCUGCCCAUCUCUGGGUGUGCGAUCUCUGUUGUCACCACUUUAAAGAGGUGUGCGGGACUAGCAGCAUGGCAGAAGCGGAUCCUAAAAUGAUCACAGAACCUGCCGCCCAUGGGGUUGCUGAAGAGGUGAUGGCUAGCUCAGCUAGUGAUUCUGGGGAAGAAUCUGACAGCAAUAGCUCUAGCAGUACCUCUAGUUGCAGCAGCAGCAGCAGCAGCAACAGCAGCAGCAGCAGCAGCAGUAGCAGCAGCGGCAGCAGUAGCAGUAGUAGCAGCAGCAGUGGCAGUCAAGUAUUCCGAAAGAAGAGGGUACCUGAGCCUUCCAGAAGGGCCCAGCGGCAUCCCUCCGGGAAACAUUUUAUGGAUAAGCUGCCUCAGGCAGUGAGAAAUCGGGUGCAGGCACUCCGAAAUAUUCAGAAUGAGUGUGACAAGGUAGACACCUUGUUUUUAAGGGCAAUUCAUGAUCUUGAAAGAAAAUAUGCUGAGCUCAAUAAGCCUCUUUAUGAUAAGCGUUUUCAGAUCAUAAAUGCAGAAUAUGAGCCUACAGAAGAAGAAUGUGAGUGGAAUUCAGAAGAAGAGUUCAGUGGCGAUGAGGAAAUGCAGGAUGACACACCUAAUGAAAUGCCACCCUUAGAGGGUGAGGAAGAAGAAGAAAGCUGUAAAGAAAAAACUGAAGUACAGGAAGAAGAAAAGGAUGUUCCAAAAGAAGUUCCUGCGGCAAAAGUUGAAGAAAACAAAGCUCCUAAAGAAAUUCCUGAGGUGAAAACUGAAGAAAAAGAAAUUCCAAAAGAGGUACCUGAAGAAGUUCAAGAAAAGGAAGCCACUGAAGAAAUCCUUGAGGUAAAGGCUGACGAAAAGGAAGCCUCUGAAGAAAUUCCUGAGGUAAAGUUUGAAGAAAAGGAAGCCUCUGAAGAAAUUCCUGAGGUAAAGUUUGAAGAAAAGGCAGACUCUACAGAUUGUAUAGAGAUAACUCCUGAAGAAAAAGAAGACCCCAAAGAAGUUCCCCAGGCAAAUGCAGAAAAUAAGGAUCAGCCUACAGAAGAAUCUAAAGCAAGGGCUCCAGUAAGAGAGGCUCAAAAAAGAGUUCCUGAGACAAGGCCUGAAGAAGGAAGUAAUGUUAAAAGGGCUCGAAAGAGAAAACCUAAGAGAGAAGAUCCUAAAGGCAUUCCUGACUACUGGCUGACUGUUUUAAAGAAUGUUGAUAAGCUUGGGCCUAUGAUUCAGAAAUAUGAUGAGCCCAUUUUGAAGUUCUUAUCUGAUGUUAGCCUGAAGUUCUCAAAUCCUGGCCAGCCUAUAAGUUACACUUUUGAAUUUCACUUCUUGCCUAACCCAUACUUCAGAAAUGAGUUCCUUGUGAAAACAUACAUAAUAAGGUCGAAACCAGAUCACUAUGACCCUUUCUUUGCUUGGGGAUGGGAAAUUGAAGAGUGCAAAGGCUGCAAAAUAGAUUGGAGACGAGGAAAAGAUGUUACAGUGAAAACUACCCGGAGUCGCCCAGCUGCCACUGGAGAAACUGAAGUCCAGCCAAGAGUGGUUCCUAAUGCAUCCUUCUUCAAUUUCUUUAGUCCUCCUGAGAUUCCUUUGAUUGGGAAGCUGGAACCAAGAGAAGAUGCUAUACUUGAUGAGGACUUUGAAAUUGGUCAAAUUUUGCAUGAUAAUGUUAUCUUGAAAUCAAUCUAUUAUUUCACAGGAGAAAUCAAUGAUCCCUAUUACCAUGAUAUCAGGGAUUAUGGAAACAGGAAGUACUACAAGUGAAAAAGGCAACCUGAAAGAUUUUUCAAGAACAUUAAAAAGUCAAGCAAGCAGAAAUGAAACAGAUUUACCUAACCUUGUAAAAGACAAAACUUGCCCUAUAAUCUGAACACUAUUGCUUCUUAUAGUCUGGUGUUUUCCUUUUUCCUGGUACUGUCUUAAAAUAGUGUCUUAUGCCUCUGUUAUUCUACCUUGCCUGUUGUAAUAUUCUUCAAAAGAGAUAAACUACUGUUAAUUUUCCAAAGCAUGUUUUGUUUGGUGCUAUAGUGUUGGUUUUGUGAAGUCGUUUUGUCAUGUUCCUAUUAGAUAUUACCUGUGCAAAUCAUCAAACUUGUUAGACAAAUUCUUGCCUGAAAAAGCAAAACUUUAAAUGUCAAAGUAUAUGUGUUUUCUCUUUCUUUUUUUCAGCACAGAAGAUUAAGGACAAAUCUGCUUGCGCUAGUUGUGCCUUCAUUACUUUGCCAUAGAAAUGUAGUAAUAAUACUAACUAAAACAUUCUAUUGUGAAAUAUAAUUGCUUGAAAAAAUAUAUUUAAAAAUAUCUGUCAGUACCAAAUUAGUUUCUUUAUGUGACAUAUUGUUCUAUGAGAAAAAGUAUUAUUUAUGAUUAAGGUGUUGAAUAUAGUAUUUUAAAAAGUUGCAUCAUUGUAUACUGUGUAAUUGAAAACUAAUGAAACCAUAUUUUUAUUUUAAUGUGUUCUACUUUGUCUUUCGUUACAUUAUUUGGUAAUUUUUCAUGUUCUUUUAUUGCACCCUAAAAUAAAUGUCAAAUAAAUGCCAUGCUAUGAAACCUUGCCAUUUCUCUUAAUUAUAAAAUUUGUUUAUCAUAAAAAGUAUAGGAUACUGAG